AUCAAAUAUGGAUUCCUCAACCUCCAACUUUAUGAAGGGCAUACCAGCUCUUACCAGCGGUAAGAAGUACUCGACACCUACCAAUCCCUUAACUGGGACCAAUUCCACACCCAAUCCGAAGCACCAACAAGAACAGCAGCAGCAGCAGCAGCAGCAGCAACAAGAGCAGCUCAUAGGUCCAAUGAAUAAGCUCAUGGGUCCCAUGAAUAACAUGGGGUCACAGCCACCAAUGAACAACCAACUGGUACAACAGAUGGUGAGUCAAACACGUAAGCCGAUGCAGCAGAGCACAAGUGAGGGAAACUCUAUCUUCAGUGCAACGGACGACAAUGUGAUCAUGAAGCAAGUUAUCAGUACCCAUCUCCCUGAUGGCACUGAUGUUGAUGUCAAACCUCUUCUCAACAUCGUAGAAGAUAUCCUCAAACAUGCUACUAUCAAUGCUGAUCCCAUUUCAUCGAGUGCACAUACAGAUGGGGAUAAACUGGAUGAUAAACCCCAUCACACCAAUGCAGUUGUCAUGCUCAAUUCACUAUCUCAUAUAAUUGACAAACUCGCCAACGAGAUGGCGUUGAAAUGCUUAACGGGUGGGGAUGGACACACAACAGCCCUUGCGCUAUUCCACACCGUGGGAAACUUCCAUUGGGAUGCAAAGCUGGUGCUAACCCUAGCAGCUUUUGCUCUCAACUAUGGGGAAUUCUGGUUGCUUGCUCAAAUUUACUCAUCAAACCAUCUUGCUAAAUCUAUGGCAAUCCUUAGACAAGUUCCAUCGAUCAUGGAGCAUACGGCUCCAUUGAAACCUAGAUUUAAUGCCCUUAAUAAACUCAUUCACUCCAUUCUGGAACUAACACAGUGCAUCCUACAAUUCAAGGAGCUUCCAUCUAUGUACAUAACUCCUGAUAUGCCAGCCCUGGCCUCAGCAAUAAAUAUCAUUCCUACUGCUGUAUACUGGAAUAUCAGAGGAAUCAUCACUUGUGCCUCACAGAUUGCGAACUUGACCAGCAUGGGUCACGAGUAUGGGAUUUCAUCGACGGAGUUGCAGUCAUGGGAACUAUCCAGCAUAACCCUAAAGAUCAAUCACAUUCAUGAGUUUCUCAGGCAACAACUGGAAAAUUGCCGUCAAGUUGUUGGAGACAAGAAAGAAAUUGAGUUCAGGAGGUCUUUCAAUCAGCUAUUUGAAACAAACCAUAUUGAUAACAUGAAAAUCCUCAGAAUCUUGAUAAAUCCCAGAGAUAACAUGCAACCACUCUUCGAUGGCUCUACUAAAAAGAGGGUUAGCCUGGAAGUCCUGAGGAGAAGAAAUGUAUUGUUGCUGAUAUCUGGCUUAGACAUGUCCAACGAGGAACUUUCGAUUCUUGAGGACAUUUACGGUGAGUCCCGAAUUCAGGGAACACGAAUGGAUGCUCUGUAUGAAAUCGUGUGGAUGCCCAUCAUUGACCCUUCUGUACAGUACACCGAUGCAAUGGACCGGAAGUUUGAGGAGAUGAUGAACAGAAUGCCAUGGUACUCCGUAUCCCACCCUUCCCUCAUUGAGCGGCCGGUUAUCAGGUCCAUCGGAGACCGGUGGCAUUUUAGGAACAAGCCUAUUCUAGUAGUGUUUGACCCACAGGGAAGAGAAUUGAGCCCUAAUGCAAUCCACAUGAUGUGGAUUUGGGGAAGCAAUGCCUUCCCCUUCACCAGCAUCAAAGAAGAACAACUGUGGAAAGAUGAAACUUGGAGGCUAGAGUUGCUAGUUAGUGGCAUGGACCAAACCAUACUGAAUUGGAUAAGAGAUGAUAAAUACAUAUUCUUGUUCGGAGGUGAUGAUAUCGAGUGGAUCCGCAAAUUCACCACCACAGCACGGGCCAUGGCAACGGCUGCACGCAUCCCCUUAGAGAUGGUGUAUGUUGGGAAAAGCAAAAAAAAGGAAAGUGUCCGUAGGGCGAUUUCUACCAUCACACUCGAGAAGCUUAGCUACUGCUGGCAAGAAACCACCCUAAUGUGGUUCUUCUGGAGGCGGUUGGGAAGCAUGUUGUACUCCAAGAUUCAACUUAAGAAGGCCGAUGAUCAAGACCCCAUGAUGCAGCAGAUCAAGAAACUGCUGAGCUAUGAUAAGGAGGGGUCAUGGGCUUUGUUGUCUAAAGGAUCAAAAUUUCUGACCAAUGGACAUGGAUCCACCAUGAUGCAAACACCUGCUGAUUUUGACGUCUGGAAAGAACAUAUCCCAUCAAAGGGUUUUGAUUUGUCGUUUACGGACUACCAUGAUAAGCUUCAUGUUGAAGCAAACAAUUGCUGCCGAUUUGAGUUUCCGAUUGCAGCUGGUAGAAUCCCCAACAGUAUGCGGUGCCCGGAGUGCCAUCAACUCAUGGAGAAAUACAUUGCUUUCCUCUGUUGCCAUGACCACACUGGCCUUCUUGAGCCCUAUUGAACACCAUCUACUUAUUACUACCAAUCAUGCGGUCUCUGACCGUGGGCUUGAAUAAACGAGUGUUGUAAUUUUCUUGGGUUGUUUCAUUUUCUAAAUUUUAAUAAACUUUAUAU